AUGUCAAAAACUAGUGGUAAAAAUUCAUCGAUUCGCUUGAAACGCGAUCAUCCAAAUAGUUCAUUUGAAGAACCAAUAUCAUCAACAAAAUCUUCAUCACCACCAAUAAAAAAAUUAAAGCAUCAACAUAAUAGUACUACAGAUUUAAUGGAUAAAGAAACACGUAAUCGUUAUCCAAAUGGUUCAUCAUCGUUUAUUUCAUCAAAUUCAACUAAAAAACUUGUUAUUAAAAAUUUAAAAACUUCAUCACUUCUAUUACCAUCAGAUUAUUUUGAUAAAAUAUGGCCAUUACUUAAACAAGCAUUAGAAGCUAUACUUAAUGGUACAACAAGUCCAACAAAUGAAGAACAACUUUAUCGUCAUAUUGAUCAUUUAUGUACAACAUCAACAAAUGAUACAAAUUCAUCACCACCAACUCUUCUUUAUGAUAAUUUAAGAAAAGUACUUGAUGAACAUAUUCAAACAUUUCUACCUAUUUUACUUAAUGAAAUAAAUGACAGUAAUGAUUAUCUUCGUGUACUUAAUUCUAUUUGGAAUGAUCAUAUUAUACGAUCAAGUCUUAUCCGUCAAUUAUUUAUUGUUCUUGAUCGAACGUAUGUUUUACAUGCAGCUGUACCAAGUAUAUGGGAACUUAAUCAAGAUUUAUUUCGUCGUUAUAUUAUGCAAAAUUCAAUUAUUUCAAAUAGAUGUAUCAAUGGUAUUCUUAAAUUAAUUGAACAAGAAAGACGAGGCGAAACAAUUGAUCGAAAUUUAAUUAAAAAUCUUAUUCGUAUGUUAAUUGAUCUUCAUCUUUAUCGAAAAGAUUUUGAACCAUCAUUUUUACAAUCAACUGAAGAACUUUAUCAUAAUGAAGGUCGUCAAUUAAUUCAAACAUUAGAAAUUAGUCAAUAUCUUAUACAUGUUGAUCGUCGUAUUCGUGAAGAACAAGCAAGACUAACAAAUUAUAUUGAUCAAUCAACAAAAGUUCAACUUAUUCAUAUUGUUGAAAAUAAUAUAAUUACACUUCAUAUUAAAAAUAUACUUUCAAAAGGUUUUAAUAUACUUAUUAAUGAAAAUCGUUAUACAUCAAUUGCAUUAAUGUAUGAUUUAUUUCUACGAAUUGGUCAAGUUGGUAUUAGUGAUCUUCGUGAAGCAUUUGGAAAUUAUAUAAAAACAUAUGGUAGUGCACUUAUAGUUGAUGUUGAUAAAGAUGAUAAAAUGGUUGAUGAAUUACUUGAAUUUAAAGAAAAAUUAGAUCGUUUUCUUCAUGAAUGUUUUCAUGAUAAUGAAAAAUUUUCUAAUAUACUUAAAGAUUCAUUUGAACAUUUUAUAAAUCAACGUACUAAUAAACCAGCUGAAUUAAUUGCUAAAGCUGUAGAUGCAAGAUUACGUUCUGGAAAUAAAGAAGCAUCAGAAGAAGAAUUAGAAAAAAUUCUUGAUAAAUUACUUAUUCUAUUUCGUUUUAUUCAUGGUAAAGAUGUAUUUGAAGCAUUUUAUAAAAAAGAUUUAGCAAAACGUUUAUUAGUUGGAAAAAGUGCAUCUGUUGAUGCUGAAAAAUCUAUGUUACUUAAACUUAAACAAGAAUGUGGAAAUGUAUUUACAAGUAAACUUGAAGGCAUGUUUAAAGAUAUGGAAUUAUCUAAAGAUAUUAUGACAGCAUUUGAACAACAUUGGCAUAGUCGUGAAGUACCUGGAAAUAUAAGUAUGUUUGUUUCUGUAUUAACAAUGGGUUUUUGGCCAACAUAUCAACCAGUUAGUGCUAUUCUACCGGCUGAACUUUGUCAUUUACAAGAAAUAUUUACAAAAUUUUAUUUAAGUAAACAUACAGGAAGAAAACUUCAAUGGCAAUAUUCAUUAGAUCAUUGUUUAUUAAAAGGAUGGUUAAAAGAAAAGACAAUUAAAGAAUUUCAAGUAUCACUUUAUCAAGCACUUGUUCUUCUUCUUUUUAAUCAACAUAUUGAUCUUAGUUAUAAAGAUAUUCAAGAACAUACGAAAAUUCAAGAAGCAGAAUUACAACGAACUUUACAAUCCUUAGCUUGUGGAAAAAUUCGUUUAUUAAAUAAAAAACCAUUGAGUAAAGAUAUUAAUGUAAAUGAUCGAUUUACAUUAAAUACAUCAUUUGAUCAUAAAUUAAUACGUAUAAAAAUAAAUCAAGUACAAUUAAAAGAAACACCUGAAGAAAAUACUUCAACAACAGAACGUGUUGUACAAGAUCGUCAUUAUCAAAUUGAUGCUGCUGUUGUACGAAUAAUGAAAACACGUAAAACACUUGCACAUGCUCAAUUAAUAUCUGAAGUUUUUGCUCAAUUAAAAUUUCCAAUAUCUACAGGAAUUGUUAAAACACGAAUUGAAAGUUUACUCGAACGUGAAUAUAUGAAACGAUCAUCGGAUAAUGCUAAUGUAUAUGAAUAUGUUGCCUAA